AUUCGUUUGUCACUCGGGACCAUGCCGGAACCAUCGAAGUCAGCGCCCAAAAAAGGCGCCAAGAAAGCGGUGACUAAGACCGCCGGUAAAGGAGGCAAGAAGAGAAAGAGGAGCAGGAAGGAGAGUUACGCCAUCUACGUGUACAAAGUGCUUAAACAGGUCCAUCCCGACACGGGCAUUUCUUCCAAGGCCAUGAGCAUCAUGAACUCGUUCGUCAACGACAUCUUUGAGCGCAUUGCUGCCGAGGCGUCCCGUCUGGCUCACUACAACAAGCGCUCCACCAUCACAUCCAGGGAGAUUCAGACCGCCGUGCGCCUCCUGUUGCCCGGUGAACUGGCCAAGCACGCCGUGUCCGAGGGCACCAAGGCUGUGACCAAGUACACCAGCUCCAAGUGAACUGAUGUGCGCCUUCACCAUCAAACCAACGGCUCUUUUAAGAGCCACACACGUCUGCAAGA